AUGAGAUUAGGCGAAGCGGUUGUAUUCCGCUCUCUCUGCAGUCUCUCUCAGCAGACAGUAAAACCACUCUCUAAUGGAUUCCUCUCCUCCCUUCCUCUCACUGUAAAGGAUCCCUUCACAGGGAUAUUCAUUACUUCUCUCUCCCUUCACUACUACUUGAUUCUGUCUCUUUUUCAUCUGCUCGUCGUGUUUUAUUUCUCUCAACUUCUUUUGAAAUUGAGAGAGAGGUAUUUCCUUCCCAUUUUAUCAGUCACUCUGCUCCUCUCCAUUAUUGGGACGUUGCGAGGCAAAGCCCAGGACCUUCUUACAGGGGAUAUCGCUUUUGUUCUUUUACUUGACACUUCUCUCUACCGUAGACUGUCAGCGGUGUCUCCGCCGUCUCAGUCUCUCUGCCGUAGUGUUUCGGCGUUCUUUUUUAUGCCAACCCCCUGCGCAAGGUCUGUGGUGGAGCAUGAGAUGCUUGGGAGUGCCCACGAUCUCCAAACAACCAGUCAAAGUUCUUCCUACAAAUGUUUAAAUAUGGGGGGUCCCUCCUUCCUCCUUGGAAUUCUACGUGGACCUACUCCGCCUUUUGAUCAAACUGUCUCCUUCCUGCUUUGUGUGAGUGCCUCUCACCAUCACUGCACGAGAAGCGUGGCAAGUCCUCUGUCUUGCCUGAAUUUCCCCCUGGGCUCUCUUCUCCUUGGUCACCAAACCCGUCCCCUAAGCGCUAGGCGUGGUCUAGCCCAACGGCAAAAUUCCUCUGUCUUGCCUGAAUUUCCCCCUGGGCUCUCUUCUCCUUGGUCACCAAACCCGUCCCCUAAGCGCUAG